AUGCUUGUGGGUGAGAUAUUUGCAGAUAUGACAAAAAGGAAGGAAAAAUUCGAGAAGAAAACCGGUGUUAGCUUGGACAACUAUUACAGAUUGGCUGCGAGCGAAGUCGAGAAUGAGAAGAAAAGAAAAAAAAAGUCUGAGGAGUUACAUGAGGCGAGGAAACGUGCAAAAAAGGUUAUAUUUAAUUUUAAAAAUUUUUACAUUUUUUAUUUAUUUAUCUAAAAUACGUCCUAGUUGUUGUUGUAGUUCUGGAAAUUGUUUUAUCUUCUUUACUGCUGGUUUUCCACAUGUUGUCAAGUGUUCAGCUAUUGCAUCUUCGAUCUUUGCGUGUUGACUUGAGAAUGUUGUCUCGUCGUUGAGGUGAACGUAUUCGUAGAUUUUGGGUUCUGUGCGGGAAUUUCUGUAUUUUUGACUAGCAACUGUUCGAGUGUUUUGUCUCGAUCUGGGUGGGCGAGAUAUUCGGCUACGGCAUCUUCUAAGUUCGGUUUGAUGCUCGUGAACUUUUUAGACUUGUUCAGAUUAAUGUAUUCGAAGUCUGCGGGUUUCGUGUAGUACACGCGACCGGUCGACAUAAAUUCCUGCGUACCUAUUUCCUCGAUUCGUUUGAAUUUUUCUUCGAACUCGACUUUUCGCGCAUCUUCCGUUUUACGCCAUAUGUCAAGACGACAAUUCUCACAGUAUCGAGUGCGAAAAUGUAGUUUACGAUCGUGUGCAUCCGUAUGUUCGCAGUGUAGGCAUCCGUUGUUGAGACAUUCUUUUUUUGUUAGCGACAGUACGAUAUUUUUUUCGAUCGGAGUCAUUCUUCCUUCGUCGUCGCUCAUGUUUUGUGUUUUUUCUAGGUUCGGGUUUGUUUGGCGAUAAAGAGCCAUGGUGCCCUACACUUAUAAAUGAUGGGUAUGUGGAAGCUGUCAAAGGUGAAAUUGAAGAUGAGCAAAUCAAUCGUUAUGAUGAAAUUAUAAUCAUAUCUAAUUACCCUACAAAGAACGAUGAGCACAUGGUAUCCAACGGAAGUAAAUAA